UGCUGCUGGUUCAUGUUGCAGCAGAGCAGCAACAACAGCAGAAUGGCUCAACAAAAUGAGAAUACAUUUAGUCAAAGACUAUGGAAAAUGUUUGGGUUCCCAACACAUGUUGCUGAAGAGGCAGAGCCUCCAAUUCUGGAUGAACCAUGGAGGGAACUACACUGGGGAGAAAAACAGAAGAAUCUUCAAUAUGUGCAGGAAUACAAACCAGAACAAGAUGACAUCAAGUACCUCCGAGUCCUCCUUUAUGGACCCGUUGGAUCUGGGAAGUCCAGUUUCAUCAACUCUGUCAGUAACGUCCUCAGAGGCCGGAUUACGAUUCCUGCUUUGGCCAGCGCGACCACGUCUGAUAAAAGCUUCACCAAAAAGUACGAGACUCAUAAGUUCAUUAAAGGACGAGGAAGCUCAAAGACAUUUUAUCCUCUGGUCUUCAACGACAUCAUGGGUCUGGAAGAUGGAACCGACAGGGGAGUUCAUGGUGACGACAUCAAACUGGCUUUGGAGGGUCAUGUGAAGGAAGGCCACAAGUUCAACCCAGUUGCUCCAAUAUCUCAGGAUGACCCAGGCUACAACCCGACCCCCUCUGCUGAUGACAAAGUUCAUGUCCUGGUCUGUGUGAUGUCUGCUAACGCUCCUCAGAUGAAUUCAUCGAUUCUGGAGAAGAUGAAGAGCAUCAGAGAAACAGCCAGUGAGCUGGGAAUUCCUCAGAUGACCAUGAUGACCCACAUCGAUGAAGCCUGCAGUGAAACUGAGAAGAACUUGAGGAAUGUCUACAAGAGCAAGUACCUGAGAAAAAAGAUGAAAGACUUCAGCUCAGCAGUGGGAAUCCCAGUGAACUGCAUCUUCCCUGUGAAGAACUACAGUGAAGAAAUCAACUUGAACAAUGAUGUUGAUACUCUGAUCCUCAGCACUCUGAGGAAAAUGAUCGACUUUGGAGACGACUUCAUUGAGAAGAUUUAAACUGAGAUGUAGAGGUUUAGGAGAGAGAAUGUUGACGGUGUUGGAAUAAUGUAAUUUUAAGUCAUUAAAACACAAUGUAGGAUCAAUUUGAUCAAUUAUAUGUUUUGGGUGCUUGGGGUUUUUUAUGUAAAACAUUGUGCUAUAUAGCUAUAUUUCAUAUUGUAAUUUUCACCUGAUAUUCUUCAUCCUUUUUUUUUGAUGUAAAGCACUUUAAAUCACAAAAAUGUGCAAAUGGGCUGUACAAAUAAACCUGCUUUUCCUUUUCUUAGCAACAUUACACUACAAUAGUAGUUGCCAUGCAAUGAUUAGUUUUAAGUUUGUUUAAACUAUGGGCUUGAUUAGAGAUGGUGUGAUUUUGAUUUUGAUUUAAAAUGCAAUGAACGAUCAGAAGUUUGA